CGAGAAAAGUAUAAGUCAAAAAAUUGAGAAAUGAGAGAAACGAAAAAAUCUCAAGAUCGUACCCAGCUUAACUUGCUUCAGACUCUCUGUUACGAAAUUUUGAGUUCCAACUCACCAGCAGUCCAUGGACAUGAGUACCGAAAAGCAGGAUGCCACCACCCUCGAUAUAGCAGAUCAAGACUAUGUCCGCUGGACAAAGACUAACCCAGCGCAUCCUCGAAAUUGGGCUGCAUGGCGAAAGACAUAUGACUAUGGUCUUUUGAUCUUCUUGGAUUUCUUCACUACGGUAAUCAGCACGGCGGGAACUCCGGCCAGCGAACAGGCACGCCACGAGCUAGAAAUAGGGAGGUCGCUUUCGCUCUUCAGCUUUGUCACGAUAUACAUGCUAGCGCAAGCCAUUGGCGGAGUUUUCUUUCCUCCAUACUCAGAAUCCUUCGGUCGAAAGAACCUGUUUGUGAUCUCAACCGCAGGUUACUGUAUCUCCAGUAUCUUGAUUGCUACUGUUCCUCAUACUGGCAUGAUCAUCGUCGGUCGCUUUGUAUGCGGGCUGGCAUCUGCGUUGCCAACUAUUGUCAUUGCCGGCAGUGCCGAGGAUAUCUUCGAUGUCGGUCGAAGAAUCUGGAUGAUCUACCUAUGGGCUGUCGCAGCAAACGUGGGUAUCUGCAUGGGCCCGAUAGUAGGCACGUUCGUCACGACAUCGAUUGGCUGGAAAUGGAUUUUUUACCUCUCUGCCAUCGUGACGGGCGUCUGGUUCUUCUUACUGCUUGCCAUCAAAGAGAGCAGACCGAGUCAGCUCCUCAGCAAGAUCGUUGACGACGUGCGCAAGGAGUCUGGCGACACUAUCCACCUGCAGAUUCGAAAUCCCGAUCACGCCCCUGAUUUCGGUACCUUCGCUCAAGUCGCCCUAAUCCGCCCCGUUCGCCUCUUCUUCACCGAGCCCAUCGUGUUCCUCUGCUCCGUCCUCAGCGCAGUAGCAUUUGGUCUUCUCUAUCUAUUCACUGAGGCUUUGCCCGUGGUGUAUGAUUCCUUCGGCUUCACACCCGGACAAUCCUCUCUCUCCUUCAUCCCUCUCGCUCUCGGAAUUUUCAGCGGCACCCUAACCCGCCUUUACGACCAGCGCAUCUACAAUCGCCGGCUCCAGCAAUCCCGGCCCCUCGAACCGGAAGACAAGCUCGCCGGAUUCGCCAUCGGAGCUCCCCUCCUGGCGAUUGGCCUGUGGUGGUUCGCAUGGACUAUCCCACCCCAGGUCUCCGGCGUGCACUGGAUUGUGUCCAUGUUAUCGCUCUUCCUGGUGGGCUACGCAACGAACGAGUUCGACUGUACCCUGGCGGGCUAUAUUGCCGAUAGCUACACGGUGUUCGCGGCGUCCGCGUUCGCGUCCAUUGCGUUUCUUCGCGCGUUGUGCUGCGCUGUCUUUCCUCUCUUCACUCACCGAAUGUAUACGGCUAUCACGCCCAACGUGGCAACCUCUAUACUCGCAGCUCUGGCGACGGUGUUCUGCGUGGGUCCAGUGAUGUUGGUUUGCUACGGAAGAAAGAUCAGGGAAAUGAGCUCGUUCGCCAAGUAUAGUCUGGAGCAGUAUAAACACAAUGAGGUGGAUAGGGAGCCUGGGUCGAGCGAAUGA